GACGUGCCGCCCGUCGGCCGAGUGCUCGCGGGCUCCAUCCUCGUGCCCUUCCCGGUAGAGUCGUGCCUCAGCGGGGUGGCGCCGCAGAGGAGCACAAACGUUGCCGGAGAACUGAUGCGCACAUCCGUAAGUGUAGCCAGCGCAGGGAGCACCAACGAACAGAACAGGACAGAACAUAACAAGGGCUGAUGGUUGGGCGAUCAGGCGCGAACAGGCCUCAAUGAAAGCUAGCGGAAUGGGAGUCGAAUGGGGUGAACAGGAAUGGAGUGGAACGGAAUUUUGCAAACGAGUGAGACUCCAGAGUGAACCCGCAAAGUAAUUUUGCAACGCUCCACUUUAAUGCAAUCCAGACGUACCAAAACCAAUGUCCACGUAAUCGCUUGUGCUGUUGCAGAGGAGCGCCGACAUCGUCGAGCGGAUGUGGUACCGGCUCACCUUCGACUCGAGCAAUGUAGUGAAGGAUGGGUUCCGGACAUUGUUGCAUUUCGGUGCAGUGGACUGGCAAGCAAGCAUAUACUUCAACGGAGUUUUGCUCGGCAAUCAUACGGGCGCAUAUGACGGCUUCUCAUUCGACAUCACAGAUUCGGCCAACAAACACGGUAAUGAACUUAUUGUUUAUGUAUUCGACCCUAGUGAUCGCGGUGCUCAGCCGAACGGCAAGCAGAAGAUUUCUGCAAUUGACAAGCCAGGGGGAGACCAAUACACGCCGAGUUCGGGCAUUUGGCAGACUGUGUGGUUGGAGAGCGUACCAAUGCACUACAUCAUGGACUUGAAGAUCAACCAGGCAUCACUGCACAGUGUCAGUAUCGAGGCUGCCGUUAACGGCAUUGGCUAUGGCGCUGGCGAGAUUGAUGUGGACGUCCUCGAGGAGGGUUCCGUCAUCGCCUCAGGACGAGGCACCGUUGGAAAGGCGAUCAUCGUUGAAGUGCCGUCGCCAGCGUUGUGGUCUCCCGAGCGCCCCAAGCUCUAUGACUUGAAGGUACGCUCUGCCGUCCAGGCCCCUCAGAUUGCUGUGGAUACUGUAAUUUCUUAUUUCGGACUACGCACAAUUACAAUUGGUCCACAGCCUGGUGCAAUUCAUACGUCCCUCCGACCACUGCUCAAUAAUAAGUUCACUUUCUUUGCCGGUUUCUUGGACCAGUCAUGGUGGCCAGAUGGGCAGUACACUGCACCCACCGAUGAGGCAUUGGCAUACGAUUUGGAGGCGACAAAGAUGUUCGGAAUGAAUAUGAUACGAUUGCACCAAAAGGUAAACCCCGAGAGGUGGUAUUACCAUGCUGACAGACUUGGCCUGGCAAUAUUUCAAGAUAUGCCACAAAAGUAUGGAGGUGCAGUCAAUGAAACUAUCCCACUUUUCGUGGAAGAUAUGAAGAGCAUGAUAUCAGGACGCGGGAACCACCCUUGUAUCAUUCAGUGGACGACAUUCAACGAGGGAGACUGUGUAGGGGUGUUCAAAACCCCUCCCAAUGAUGUCAAGUCAAUUACGCAACUUGCUAAGCGGUUGGACUCUACACGUUUAGUGGAUACAAAUUCAGGUGGUCCUGCGAACAAUCUGCACAUCGCUGAUGUGAACGACAUUCACUCAUACCCUUUUCCUGGCGACCCGAUGCCUUCUGCAUCUCAGUACGCAAUGGUUGGCGAGUUUGGGGGCAUCGGUGCUUUCAUCCAAGGCAAAGAGUGGGUGCCUGGCCUUUGCCACACGUACCUAAAGGCAGCUAACAGCUCCGAUGAGGCUACGAAGUACAUCCAAAUGGCUUCGUCAUUGCAAUCACGCGCCGACCACAUCAGCGCGUCUGUCUACACUCAGACCACGGAUGUUGAGCUCGAGUGCGAUGGUUUCCUGAAUUACGACCGUUCGAACAAGUUUAGCGUCGCCGAGACCAAAGCCAUUCACGACGCGAACCAGGCCUUGGUGGGUGCUUCUGGUGGUCAAGUGUAUGACAAGCAGUUGCGCCUGCAACAAGCUGCACCAGGGGGGAUGGUUUUUGUUUGAGCACAGCCGGCAAUGCUCUCCAGAAGCAGCUUUGGCACCGAUCUUACAGCAUUUGCACUAGCCGUCGCAUGACAUUGUGAGUAGUGUUAGAAGCACGCCUUCGCAGUACCAGUAUUUGCAUGUGUCUGACGACAACAUUUGAAGUAAUGGGCUACGGCGAAAAGCUGGCCUCAUGAUGUGGUUCAUUCUCACGACCAGCAAGUAACAAGCAAGUCUUGUAUUGUCAAGCCUUUAUGUCGUUCGGCUCUUUGCACCAGGGGGGGCAUACCUCCAAACACAAACAUGCGCUCUUGCAACAAGGAAGUC